UGCUUUUAGUUGAGAAACACUGCAUGCAGACAAUGGGGAAUACAAAUUCGAUGCUUGGACUUAAAAGGUUUUCUAACAACAAGCAAACUCCUAUUGGUUCGUUUGGCAACAACAACUCAUCUCAUCACGAUGGUAUUAAAACAAUCGAAGCUGUAAAGAGUUGUAGUUUUGCUAGGAAAGCAGAUCUUUGCAUCCGUAUCAUCACAUGGAACAUGAAUGGAAAGGUAUCAUAUGAGGAUUUGGUUGAGCUUCUUGGCAAAGACAGGAAGUUCGAUUUGCUUGUGGUUGGCUUACAAGAAGCUCCAAAAGCAAACGUUGCUCAAUUUUUGGAGACGGCUUCAUCUCCAACUCACGAGCUCCUUGGGAAGGCUAAAUUGCAAUCGAUCCAUCUAUAUUUGUUUGGUCCAACGAACUCACACUCAUUAGUAAAAGAAUUAAAGGCUGAGAGACACUCAGUAGGAGGAUGUGGAGGUUUAAUAGGUAGAAAAAAAGGAGCCGUGGCUAUUCGUAUCAACUACGAUGACAUCAAUAUGGUUUUCAUCUCUUGCCAUCUCUCUGCUCAUGCAAAAAAAGUGGAUCAAAGAAACACUGAGUUGAGACACAUAGCAAACUCACUUUUAUUAAGAGACAAAAGGAAACGUGACCUUACUGUUUGGCUUGGAGACCUCAAUUACAGGAUCCAAGAUGUCUCUAACCGUCCUGUUCGAUCUCUUAUCCAUAACCAGCUUCAAUCCGUUCUUGUGAGUAAAGAUCAACUCUUGCAAGAAGCUGAGAGAGGUGAAAUAUUCAAGGGUUACUCUGAAGGAACUUUAGGGUUUAAACCAACUUACAAAUACAAUGUAGGAAGCAACGACUAUGAUACAAGUCAUAAGGUUAGAGUUCCAGCUUGGACAGAUAGGAUCUUGUUCAAGAUCCAAGACACUGAUAAUUUUCAAGCAACUCUUCACUCUUAUGAUUCCAUAGACCAAAUAUAUGGCUCUGAUCAUAAACCCGUAAAAGCGGAUCUUUGCUUGAAGUGGGUUAACAAUUAGAUUGAUGAAUAAAAAUUUAUGAAGGGUCAGAAGAUAUGCAAGAAUGUAUAUUGCUAAUUUGAGAGGAAAUAGAUGUAAACAUUUUGAAUUCUUUGGUUAAUUAUUAUAUUAAUGUUUUCAAUGUUAAAAGUUGUAAGUUCAAAACUCUUAAAAAUUUUCAAUUGA